CGCACACACACACACAAACACACACAGCGGGACCAUCGGCAGUGAAAAUGCAGAGCUUCCCAGUUUACAGAUAAGGAACCAAGAGAAAGCAAGAGAUAGGGAGUGAGAGAGAGUGAGAGGAAAACACAAGAAGAAAAGAGAUGCCACAGUGAACUCAAUGAAGUCGUCCUUCAGACCAUACUCUGCAUACAUCAGAGCUGCAUUGAAGGGUGUAUGGAGAAAUGAAUACCUGAGACCUGGAAUAGGUGCAUUAUAAAACUGCAAACGGUGUCCAUCUACACCCAGAACAGGACAGAGUUACUGAUCUUCCAGAUCAACUCCAGGACUCAACUCAUCUUGCUAAUACCAGGAACCACCUGAACCAGAGGGAUAAUUUGCAACAAUUAUUAAAAUUUAAAAAAGGCUGGGAUUUAGUGUUUUUCUUUCCAGGAUCUACCAAGGAAAUCUACCAAUUUCAUUCCCUUUUUGCAUGAAACUUCCUGCACAUUGGAGAGUGGUUCCAGCUGAUACAUGCUUUUGCAUUCCUAACCAUGGCUGAUGUCAAAGGUUGCUCAACCACCUCCAUGCAUUGCCUCUCUUUCCUCCUGCUCCUUUCAGGGCUUUUCUCUGGGGAUGCCAGUCCCAUCAGUUCCCCUGAGAGGCACCGAACUGCCCCUGGGCUUGAUGAUGGCCAUGGAGGGGUUGUGGAUCCUUCUCUUCUAGAGCAGGACACUGAGGUGGAUAUGCAAAAUCUGCUGGAAACCCUGAGGGGACAGUUCCUCCGGACCUUCAACCUGUCAGGGAAUGGACCCCCCAUCCAGCCUGGGGCACCCCGAGUGCAGCCUCCGGAAUACAUGCUGGAAUUAUACAACCGGUUUGCUAAUGAUCGAACAUCCAUGCCAUCUGCAAACAUUGUACGCAGCUUCAAAAACGAAGAGUCCACCCCAAGCAAUGUGGGUCCUGAUGGCGUGAGAAGACACCCCCUCCUUUUCAACAUUUCCAUUCCAAGUCAUGAAAGGGUUAUGGCUGCUGAGCUCCGUCUCUACACCCUUGUCCAGAUCGACAGGCACUUGUACGCUGGCGUUGACCGGACAGUGACUGUUUAUGAGGUGGUUCUGCGGAAUGACAGUUGGUCCGAAGAUGGAGAAGAGGAACAGACGCAGCUGGUGGAGUUGGCAUCACGGCAGGUUUAUGGCACGGACAAUGGCUGGGAGACUUUUGACAUAACCGCCGCCAUGCAACACUGGCGCAGAUCCAACUACGGCAACACCCACAGACUGGAGGUUCACAUUGCAAGUUUAAACUCACAGAAUGGGUCAGAGUUCGAAGGUCCUGCCACUGGGGGGGACAUGGAAAUCGAUACCAGUCCAGAAGAGAGGCACAAACCUCUGAUAAUUGUUUUCUCCAAUGACCAGAGCAUGGAUCACAGAGGAGAAAAAAAGGAGUUGAAUGAGAUGAUCAAGCAUGAAAUUCCUGGCACAGGUCUGAAUGACAACCUGGGGAUGGAACUCAUGGAUCUCUGGGGGGAACUAGGGCAUAUGGGACAAGAUGGAGAUAGCAAAGAAGAGGAACCAGAUGAAGAAGUUCUUCUACAGAUGCGCUCUAACCUCAUCUAUGACACAGCCUCCAGGAUUCGAAGGAAUGCAAAGGGCAACCAGUGCAAGAAGAGUUCCCUAUACGUUGAUUUUAAGGACAUUGGUUGGGAUUCUUGGAUCUUAGAACCUCAGGGCUAUGAAGCAUAUGAAUGCACAGGAGUCUGUACUUACCCCCUAACCAAACAUGUCACUCCAACCAAGCAUGCCAUUGUGCAGACUCUGGUCAGCCUUAAAAGUCCAAAGACUGUUUCCAGAGCUUGCUGUGUCCCCACAAAGCUUGACCCGAUCUCGCUACUCUAUCUGGAUGAUGCAGGUGUGGUCACCUACCAGUACAAGUUUGAAGGCAUGGUAGUGGCAGAGUGUGGUUGCAGAUAGUCCUCAAAGUAUUUGGUGGGGACGUUGUAAGGUUUGGUAAAGGACACUGAGAAAUGGAGACAUUUCUAUGUCUUGGAGGGAAAGAGACUGUAGUUCCAGGUCAACAGGAUAAAAUCAAGACAUAAGAAGUCCCACAGUAAAAGGGCUGUUCUUUCUUAACUUAACAUCAAGAAACUUUAAGAUCUUUAGAGCUGGUGAUGCUUUCAUAUGUAAAUUUUUCAAAAGGAACUAUAGAAAAGAAAGAAGUCUAAAAAGAAGACUAGCUUUAGUGCUUCUGUAUAGAUAUUGCCUUCAGUGAGAGUGUGCUUGAGGUUAAUUUCAAGAAAAAGAGAAAGGUUUGAAGGAAAAAUGUACAAAUCAUGACAACCCUCUAAGCGGUCUGUGAAGAGCUAAUUCCAGACUGAGGGGAAAACAAUACAGCAAACCACUAAAUCAACUAAAUGAACUUCCUCAAGAUGACUACAGCCAUAGUCAGAAAGCUGACGGGGUGUUGCAUUGUAUUUUGACAUUUUCUGGGUGUGAUAGAUGACCUUAACUACUCAUACCAAAGAUACACUCCUGGCCAUUCCAAUGGAAACUCCAUUUUACAUCAACAAAGUUCUUUCUCUAAGCAGGUGUCUCAGAAACAUAGAACACUGGUUUUGGGUGGCCUGUGAACUCUAAAAACUGUAAGGUCACUCAGUGGGGGCUUGUGGAAACCCUCAGUAUCCAGUCUCUGUAGCAUCGUAUCUACAUCCUUCUCUGCCCUGUGUCAAUAAACAGCUUCCUGCAUAACUGAAAGCAUUUGAUAUGGGCCAUCCAAGGCAAAGCAAUAUGGUUAUCUGGGAAGUCUUUGAGGAACGGAAAUGUGUGAAAUUAACCAGAAUGAUCUAGCGUGAGAUGGUCUACCGGUCAAUGAGAAAAAAAUGAGUGGUAUUCCUGUUUUUGUUUUGCAUGGACACCCGCUGGACAUUCUGGACAUGCAAAAUGUAUGGACCUUGUCGCUAUUUAGAUGCCUAAAUUAAGUUCAAAGAACAUUCCUCUGUUUAAUGCGCACAUGGUCAGUCAGAUUUAUGAACUUUAAAAUUCUAUUUAUGUUUUGCUUCUUUUGAUAGUUUGCAUCCUCGCGCCUUACCUCAACACAGUGUAAUUUGCAAAGAAACUUUGGAUCGCCAACUAUAUUAUCAGGCCCAAGAAAGGAGCAGAAGAGCAGAUGGAGGAAGUUGCACGCUCUUUCCAAUGUCCGAGGCACAGCAGACUGCAUCAUAAGGGUGCUGGUGGGUGUGAGGUGGAGGAGUAGAGGUUAUGGGGUUAUCUGCAUUCUGUUGCCUCAUAUGCCGUGAGAGCUAAGCUCCCAGGCCUUGUGCAGUCCACGAUAAGAAGGUGUUGGGGCUGAGAAACAUGCAAGUGACCAUUUCAAGCAACUAGGGCUGUCGAGAUUCCACCGGGCUUAAACGUUACUUCAACUCCCCGACCCCAAUCGGGUCUGAGGGGAAGGAAUUAUUAUCUAUGGACACUGGUUCACAUUCCAUACUUGCUGUUUUAUAAAAAAAAAAGUACUAAACUGUAUGAUUGCGCAUGACUGAGGUGGUGAGCUUCAAGGGUGUGUCCUUGGUACUUUUGGUCUGGGGAAGUGAAUUAUGUGCCUUAAAUAAAUGAAAACGUGUUUUUGCUUACUAAAUACAGUAUACCUUUAAAAUGCAAUACCUUUAAGACUUUCACUUAUUUAAGGGGUGUAAUUAUAGCUUAAGGACCAUGGUUGUACAUUAAAUGAGAUUUAAACGUAUUCUGAAUAUAGUUCGUAGGACGUAGCCUUGAAGGUCCCACCGAAGUAACAAGCCAUGGUACAGUUUGGUACCUUUCUCUAACUGCAUAUUUCUUCACAACCUUCAAAUUUCUUCACAAAUCAGGAAACAAACCAUUAAAAAAAAAAAAGCAAUGGGAAAUGAUUAGCAUGAUCUUUUGAACAUAGCUAUCUGGUCCACACUAAUUUUCAUUUUUGGUUUGGGGGUAAAAGGACAUUUUUUUUCAAUGACAAAAAUAUCAUUAUAUUAGCUACUAGCUGUAUAAUGCAUCAAUGUUUAUUUGUUUAGCUCUUUGAAAAAUAGACACUGUCACUAGGCAACUUUAUAGAAAUCCAGGUCCAAAUCUAGAUCCUUAAAUGAAGAAAAAGUGUUGAGGAAAAUCUCCCUGAGAUGAUAAGUGGAAGAAAGCUUUGAAAGGAACCAGUGGCAUGUAUACAUGUAUAGCUAACGUCUGUGUUAACAUCUAGUGCUAAUCAGCAAUACCAGCUCCACUCACUGCUAAUCAAGUUUGUUUGAAUUGUUAAAUGAAUGUGGAAAUAUGUGUUUUCUUCCCACAGAGGGUUGCUUAUUGUCCAUUCUGAUGAUGAUUUUACUCAAUUUGCAUUUCUUUAACACCACUGUGAAAAACAGGGACUGUUUCCAUUGCCUUUAGAGCUACAAAUACGACUGACUAUGGAGUACUCAAAACUGAGGUUUCUGCACACUUAUUCACAUCACUGAACUCCUGAAAUACGGUCUUCCAUACUGCUGCUUUAUGAAAAAAAGCCUAUUUAUUUGAAAAUUAAUUUAUUAAUUUUUAUUUUGUCAUUUAUGUAAGUAUGUAUAGCAAUAUAUGUAAAUAAAAAAACAUUAUAUAUGUGCAAAUGAGUUGAACUUGUACUGAAUAAACGAUGUGCUUCAUCAUUUGCUAAUUUUUC